GAUCGAUCGAUCGAUCCUCCGGGCGAUUGCCACGAUCGGCGCAGAUCAGCGACGCUCACGUCAGUGCGGAUUAACAAUGAACGUCAGAUUCCAUGUCUAGAUCGAUUUGCGUCGUGCGUUCUCGCGUCAUGAGAAUUCCAUCUGUCAGGAUAGUGUGCGCGGGAGGAUAAUCCGCGGGGAAGUGACGGUGCUCGACCUAUGGGAGCGCAAAUUAAAACGGAUGUCGUAAAUGAAAUUCGUGCGAGAUUCCGAUCGCGCUCUCGGAUUCGACCGCGAGCAGUUUGCGCCGCGUGAGAGUAUUACACCGUGACGGAGCCGGCGAAUUUCAUUCCCCGGCGAGCGAGUUUCUCACGCCUGUGAAAUCGACCCGACUGCGCGCGCGGAACGUUUGCGCGACGUUUGUAAAAGGCGCGCCGUCGCUCCUAACCGAGCGUUCCACUUUUGGUGACCGUGCGUGAAACCUUCGUGCCGACGCGAAAAUGGAUUCGAAAUGGUCACGCCAGCGCGCGGCGCGCGUGUGCCUCAUCGCUUCUUGCAACGGCAAGAGCGUAAUCGCGAUGCGAUAAUCAAGGAGCGAAAAAUCGUCGCGCUUUGAUGCGCGUCAGCGAAGCAGAAAGCGAGAAGAGCUGCGGAUCGCGGAGAUCGAUCAAGUCAGAAUACUUGAAUUGUCAAAAGUCCGGAGGACGGCGGGAGGGUCCUCCAGGACGGCCAUACAUGGUCAUCGUCCGCCUACGAAGCUGAAGAAGCGGGAGCGCGCCGUCGCGUGGGAGGUCGAGCUAUCGUGCGCGGUGCUUUUUACGCGAAGCGAAGCGAGGAGACAGAUUCGUGCGCUCGCUUUGAAGCCCGCGCGCAUACAGAGCGAUUGUUUAAGCCGCGGACCUUGCUCCCUGCUGCCUACGAGCCUACGAGUAGGCAGUGAUUUUGCGACGAACGAAUCUUCCAGGAAUGACGUGACCGACCAUCUUCUUCUCUCGCGAGAACGCGUGCCGAUGCGAAGACGAUCGAUCCGGAUGAGAUCACCGGCGAGAGACGAGGAAAACCUGAUUUGAAGCGAGUUCGUGCCGUCAAGCGGCCAGCGCAGCUCGCAUAAUUAUCUGCAACUAGUUCGUUAGCAAAUCCGGGCGAAAUCUCCGCGCGAGUCGAGUCGUCGCGAGUAAACGAAAUCGAAAACCACGAGAGAAAGCAAGAGAGAAGAAACGGGGAGGGCAGCAAGGAAGAGGGAAGAAAGUAAAAUGAAAAGGCGCGGGUUGCGAGCCGUCUACAAAUUGCUCGCGAGGACGCAUCGCAGGAUCGUCACGAGCGGAGCGAGCGAGCCGCGUAAGACGCGCGCUGUCGAUUUACGUUAACGUCGGGGAUGCAAUCGCGGUCACGGUGCAUUACUGGCGAGCUCCGCUCGCGGAGGCGCCCCGUGUAAUAAACUGCACGCACACGUACCGUCGCCAUCAUUGCCGUCGUGACAAACGCGCGACGAAUGAGGAGUCUCGCCAGUCUCGGCGAGAGCAACAGAGCUAUAGGGAAAGAAGAGAAGCAUGCCAGCCACGAGGAGAUUACGGAGAGCGGGACUCGCCGCGAUCCUGGUCACCGCGCUGUGCGUCCUGACUUUGCUGGACUCGCCGCCAGCACGACUCCCGGACCCGCCGACCGAUCCUCCUCCCACGCCUGGGGGCGAGCCACCAGGCACAAGAAGCAUCGUCGCUUAUUCGUGGGCGCGAAGAUUGGCACUCGAUUACAGGCCCACCAAGCAAUGCGACGAUAAUGGAACGCGCGGAAUGGCGUUAAACGCGUACGAGCCACCCGGCACGAAAUGGCUCGAGACAAUCCCGGGACAGCUCUUCCUGUACAGCGCCCACUUGGACCUCAGAGUUGCUGGUUACCCAAGCAUCAGGGUGAUUGGCGUUAAACGAGGCACCUUGCCGCCCUCUACUCUCUUCUGCACUAUAUGGUACAGGGAGCACGGGAGGACACGAUCAUUGAGCGUGGAGGCGCUCAUCUCGAGGAUCUGGUUGGACGAAUGGGGCGGCACGGCGGAUAGCUACACCGGGAUUCUCGUCAAUUGCCAAUUGCCGUUGGACGGCGCGAUGCGCUAUCCACUACGAGUUUACGUGGGCACAAGUCCCUGCUAUGAGAAUGCUAGUCAUAGUUUAACGACCCGCUCGGAAUUCAACGACGAGUCACCGGUCGGCCGGAUGACGCGCCGUCAGUUCACCCUGUGCAUCAAAGGAUUGGACUUCGACGACGAUAUAUCGCACAAGCUCAUAGCGUUCGUCGAGCUGCAUCGCAUCCUGGGCGCCCAGUUGUUCUACUUUUACGUCUUCAACGUACACGAAAACGUACUGAAAGUACUGCGUCUGUACGAGCGAUCGAACGUGGUGCGGUGGUUCGCGCUCGACCUACCAGGCGACUUGCCAAACGAGAAGACGGCCCGGCGGAGUUUCUUCAGCGAGGACAUCUGGACGAAGAGACGAAUGGAACUGAUCCCGUACAACCAUUGCUUCUACGAGAACCUCCAUCGUUCGGAAUUCGUGGUGCCGAUCGACAUCGACGAAGCGAUCGUUCCCACGCGUCGGAGGACCUGGCACGAGCUGUUGAUGGAUGAGCGUGCGAAGCUCGGCAAGAGCUUCAAGGACUUCGCCUCGUACUCCGUGCGAAACGCCUACUUCUUCCCCGAGCUGCAGAACAAGAGUCAGACCGAUCGGCCGGCUGGAUCGCUCGAUGAGGAAGAGCUACGUCGUUCUUCGGUCGAGCACCCGGAUUACCUGGACACCAUGAGAACGGCCAGUAUCUCGCCCGAGGGUGACUCGGUGAAGAGCUUCGUCUCCACGAGACGCGCGCUAACGGUGCACAAUCACUAUGCCUUGACCACGCUGAACCCGUCCACCAGGCGAGCACAUCAUCUGGAUUCGAACGACGUGCUCAAGCAUCAUCACCGGGCGUGCGACAGCCGACAUCUCGACUGCGAUCUCUUGAUGGAGGACGUUAAGAUCGAUGAGUCCGCUCUGCGCUACGCGGACGAGCUCAAGACGAGGAUGAAGAUUGCCUUGGCCGAUCUCGACGCUCUGCCAUAAAACACAGUGAUGUUGUAAAUAAUAAAGUGUCUUUCUGAAAC